CUUAACCAAAGCUAACCCAAGAAAAUCAAGCAAAAUAACCUCAAAUGAGUUGAUUUUAAAAAUAAUAAAUAAUGCGAUUUUAUCCAGUGUUUCGAAAUUUUAUCAACAAAAAUAGUAAUAUUUCACAUAUUUUUAGAGAUACAAUUUUGAAAAAAAAUUCAAAAGCAUUUACUUGCGAACAUUCAUUUAAAUAUGUUUCAUCGAUUUAUGAAAACCAAUAUAGAAAAAAGCACUUGGACACCUUCAGAAAUGCGAAAAAUGUGUCGGAGAUAGAAGAUCUUGAAUUGUUAGAAACCGAAGUGUUGGAAGAAGAAAAAACAGCAAGUCUUAUAUUGUUUAAUAAAUCAGAAGAUGAUAUUUUGCAUAUGCUCAGUAAAGCAGCAAGUAUUGAAGAGGUUUUUAUGAUUUUUACUGAUAAUAAAACAAAAUUUAAUUGUGAACAUAUAACCCAGACAAUAUUAGUAUUAUAUGAUUUACAAAAGAUAUAUUUUAAAAUAAAUAUGCAACCCAAUGCAUCCAGUAAUUUUGCAGAGACAGUAUUUAAUAGUAAUGCAUUCAGAAGAAUUAUAAAUCUUAUUGAUAUAAAAUUAAAUAAAUUUGAUACUCUGUACUUAAGUUAUACAUUUUUAUAUUUAAAUAAAUUGGGUUUUAAUAUAAAUAACUGUUUAAUGCAAAAAAUUGAUAAUUUUAUGAGGUUUAAAUUGGAAAAGGAUUUUAAUUUGCAUGAGGCAUCAAAUUAUUUUAAAACAAUUUUUUUGGAGGAUGAAAUUAAGCCUAUUUACCAAGUUGUAAACAUAAUUCCAAAUGUAUUUAAAUCCAUAGAUGAUUGUAGUAACAUUGACGAUGUUGGCUAUUUAACAGACUGUUUAAAUAAGCUUCAUUUAAUAGUUAAUACAGAUGAAUUUGAGAGGUAUAAAAAGAAAAUUAAAAGUUUAUUAGGAAAUGGUAUUUUAACAUCUGAACAUACGAAAGUUUUGAUUAAAAUAAUCUUAUUAAUAAACUAUCCUCAUUGGAGGGUGGAUAACUCAGAAUUUAUAUCUAAAUGUAUUUUGUUAAUGGAGAAAAAAAUUGAUGCAUUUACUUUGGACGAAUUAAUUUUAUUAUAUGGAGUAUUUUUCAAAAACCAAGAACCAGGUGAUAUUCUAACUGCUAUUCAAAGAAACGCCUCAAAAUUCAUAAGGCAAAUGGAAGAAUAUGGAACAACAGAUAUGGAGAAGAAAGUUAAAUUAUUUUCAUCUCUAAUUUAUUUUUCAUCGCCCCUUCAUAAAGUUGAAUAUCGCAAAGUAAUGGCUGAUUAUAUUGAUAAUAGUUUUUACUUUCCUGAACUUUUUAAUUUGCGCAAACUCCUUUGUUAUGUGAAAAUUAAAGAUAAAAAUUUAUGCAAUAAAUAUUGGGAUAAAGUCUUAGAAGCUGCAGAGAAACAAAAAAUUAACAUUUAUAUUAUAUGCCAAAAUUAUUUGAAUUUUAAAACGGAUUUAGAAGACUUUAGACAUUAUGAAAUAGAAAAUUACCUUAAUAAAAAAUUGAUUGAAGAGUUAAGAAAUGGUAAUGUUACAAUUUUACCAUCCAAUUUAAUUGAUUGUCUCUGUUUUUUUCUAAGCUAUGGUAAAAACAAAGAAAUAACUGAAAACUUAAUAUACCAUUUGGGUUCUAUUUACACUCAAAUUUCUGAAGUAGACUGUUUAAAGAUAUCUCAACAUAUUUUAAGUUCAAAAAUACGCCCUUCUUUAAAACAAGACUUAAGAGGCAUUUUAAAUAGAGCCACUGAACAUAUUAUUGCCUAUAAAAGCAAAAUAAACGCGACAGUUUUGUUUAAGGCUUGUGUUGUAAGAAAUGAUACUGAUCAUGAUUUUAUAAAUGAUUUAAUUACUUAUAUUAAGAAUACGGAACCAUUAUCUUCAAAAACAAUUGAAAACAUGGUUUAUUGUCUUAUGACAACAAAUGUUUUAGUACCAGAAAUUAUAAAUAAAGUUACUUCAUAUAUUGUUAAUAAUAGAAGAAGCAUGUUAGCAUUUAAUGUUGAUAAAGUUUUGUUUCUAUGUUUCUUCUUGGGUUAUUGCCCCAUUAAUGCUGAAAGUUUUUUCCCUAUAGCUUCAGAUAUUAUUUUAAGAGACCAAGAAAGACUAAGUGGAUUGUCAUUUUUGCAAAGUGCUUUAGCAUUAUGUUACUUUAAUAGAUUGCCAAAUUCCUUUAUAAGACAAAUUUUUAAUGUUGAAUUUAUGGAUAAAUUAGAUAUUGAAUUGGCAAAUUGUUAUUAUAAGGACAAAUACCCUCAAAGGGUUAGGCAACAUCUAAUGGAAUUAAAUAGAUCAGUUUGUUUGGAAUACCCUGAGAACAAUGUACCAUGGUUUCAUCAAAAAUAUACUGAUGAAAUUAUUAAAAAACUUAUGUUGGAAAAAAGCUAUCCCAAGUAUUUUACGACCAGUGUCAAAGAAUACUUAGCCCAGGUGAUAGAUAAAGAAGAAUAUCUUACUCAAGAUGUGAGAACCCCAUAUGGCUAUUACAUUGAUUUUGUAGUAUAUAUGAACCAUAAACAAGAAAUUGUAUCAGAAACGUCCAAAGACAUUACCUCAAAGAUUGCUUUACUUCUGGUCAGACCCCAUGUAUUUACCAAAUUUUACAUAAAUUUAAAAGGAAAAUUCCAAAUGAAGAAACGACAUUUGGAGAUGUUUGGGUAUACUGUAUCCAUUAUUAAUAUUGAUGAAUGGUUGAAUCUGCUGUAUGCUGAAGAAAGAUUAGAAUUUUUAAAAAAUAAGAUUUGGCUUGAGGAACAAAAAUAAUAAAUAGGUGAAUUUAUA